GGAAUUUAUCUAUUGGUUUGCAAGCAACACUGACUCUUUUGAAGCGUACAUCAGUGCCAAAAAAUGAACCGUGGAUAUAUAGAAAAUAAUAAUGUCCCACAUGACAAUAAUCAAAUGGUUUUGGAUAUGAUUCUUUGUUCUUUAAUUGGGGUUCCUCAACCUAUCAACUGGGAAAAUGUGGCAAGAUUGGUUCCAGGGUAUUCAUCCAAAGAGUGUGCAAAAAGAUUUGAUGAGCUGAAAUGCAAUGGAAGUUCUCCAGUGGAUAACCAGUUCAAUCCACUAAUGGCCAGUGGUGCGAAACCUGUGGAAACACUAGCUGGUUAUAUUAAAUCAUCACUUCUUGAUACUCAGGAUGAGUUACAAGAACCCUCUAGUGAAAAUGAUGCAAUUUCUUUAAAUGGAAAGUCAAGUAUAGCUUCCUCAAGGAAUUGCUCUUCAGAAAGUGAAAAAUGCCCAGCACUUAAAGGUGGAGAAAAUGCUGAUGAAACUGAAGGGCCAAAUAUGGUGAUCCAUGUGUGUGAUGAAGCAAAAAAUCUGAAGGAAGAUUUUGUUUGUCCACGAGAUCUAUUGAUUUCUGAAAUGAAGUACUUUGCCGAAUAUCUAUCAAUGGACGCCCAACGCUGGGAAGAAGUGGACAUUUCAGUUCACUGUGACGUUCACAUCUUUAACUGGUUGAUAAGAUAUGUUAAAAGGAACACUAAGGAAUAUGAGGUUGAUGAAAUACCCACCUUAGAACCAAGCAAUGUCAUUUCAAUACUUAUUUCCUCUGAAUUCCUGAAGAUGGAUUCUUUAGUAGAAAAAUGUAUUAAUUAUUGCCACAAGAAUAUGAGUACAAUUGUAGCCUCGCCAUGCAAUAUGAACUGCAUUAAUGCUAACCUACUAACCCGCAUAACUGAUCUUUUCACACAUAAUGAAGUAGAAGAGGUGAAGGACAAGAGAGAUAAAUUUAAGAGCAAACUUUUCUGUAAGAAGAUAGAAAGACUGUUUGAUCCAGAGCAUCAGAAUGCAGAUUCUAAGGGAAAUGCUGCAACCCUGUACAGGUGUUACUUAUGUAAGAAACUUCUUAUUAAGGAUACUGAAAGAAAAAUCCCAUGUAUUCCUGGAAAGAUUAAUGUGGAUCAAUAUGGAAAUAUUCUCUAUAUUCACAUAAGAGAUAAAUCUUGGGAUAUCCAUGAGUAUCUCCUGAGUCUUUUUGAAGAAUUAAAAUCAUGGCGAGAUGUAUACUGGCGUCUUUGGGGAACUAUUAAUUGGUUGACCUGUUCGAGGUGUAAUCAAACUUUCCUGUGCACUGAGUUUUCACACUGCCAAUAUCAUCCUCAACCAGUCCUCUAUCCUGGUGUAGCAAGUUCUCUUGGUUCCACUGGUACCGGAAUAUAUCCCUGCUGUAACCAAAAAGUUCUUAGAUUUGAUCCUGCUCCUAUUCCAAAAGGAUGUAAAGUAAGAGAUCAUGUGAUUGGCUUGCCUCCUGGAGGUGAAGGUGGGGAUAAUGUGCCCUAUCAGACAGCUAAAAUACUGAAUGAUCUGAUUCAGCACCGAAAUAUUAUUGUACUUCCUUUUUCAAAAGACCAGAACAGCAAUUCUGGAAUAGGGCUGAAUGAUGAGAAGGGUUUUGAAUGUAAUAUUUUAUUGGAGCCAAAUUCAUCAUGGGGGCCCAAAGCAGGAGAAAUUAAUGCUUUCCUUUCUCUGAAAAACUGGACUCUUCAGCUGAAACAACAGUUGCUGCUUUCAGAAGAUGAUGAAUAUACAACUGGAUCUGAAGUCACAGAGGAUGAAAUAGGUGAUGAAGAAGAAGUGUCCAGGAAAGCAGGAAGAAAAGAGAGGCCAAAAAAAACCAUCAGAAAUCCAAAAAAGCAAGUAUCUUCACCUAAUAUUCAAAAGAAGGAAAAAACAUUGGAGAAGUCUAACUCUCGAGACACAUCUCCUUUUAUAAUGAGUAUGCAGCAGAGUAAGUGGGAUCCUUCCAGAUCACUAAGAUUCAAUCAAGAUGCUCAAAGAGAAGAAGAUCAGCGGCGAAUGAUUGAGAUAACAGGACAUCUAAUAAAAAUUAGGUUGGGGGAUCUUGAUCGUCUAAAAUCAAAAGAAAACAAAGAAUCUGCAGCCGGAAUUUAUGCAAGACUUGAAGCUCAAAUCAGGGCAGCGGCACAAGUCAAUAUUCGUCAGAACAUCCCUGAAAAAAUGAUAAGGACAAAAACUCGGUUUGGUCAAAGCCGCCCAACUUAAAAACAAAAUCCAGAGGUUCUCUGCGCUGAAGCCAAAGCACUUUCCUGCCUUCUGCAACUGCUUUCAGGAUUCCAGAUUCCGGGCAUGCUUCUUCUGAAAGGUUUCAGUGACUGACCUUCCUGUCCGCCAUGUUAAUUAUUGUGUUUUAAUGAAUUAAUACCCAUGUUUCAUCUGUAGUAAGUUGUAAAUACACCAUUUUCUCUUAAGCAAUGGUGCAUUUAUAAGCCUGCAAAACAAAAUGUAAAGCCCUUAUUUGACUGAGGGUAGAAAAAGUGGUGCUAUUGAAAUUAAGAAUUUCAUAUUUUGCUAUCAAUUUUUAGUAAUGGUCAAACCUAGCCUUUUUAUAUACUUUGUGCUUUAUCUGGCAACAAUAUUAACUUGUAAUGAUUUAGUUGUAUAAAAGUAAGGUGGUAAUGCCUUUGCAUCCUGUUUAAAAUCUUGAUCUAAUUCCUGUUCUGCCCUUAAGUUUUCCUCUCUACAGUAUUCUCUCCCAGUGAGACAGUGUGCAUGUUAAAAGGUAUUUCCUUUCCAAAUUUCCUUUUUUUAAUGCUUCAAUUAAAAAAUACAGUGAAAAAACUCCACACUAUUUUAUGAGUUACAGACAAUCCCACAGUCUAUUUCUUUACUUAAGUGCCAAAUAUGACAAAUGAUAAGGGUAAAGUCUAUGCUUGUAACUAUGAGGCUUUUCAUAACUGACUUAUGCAUACAUCUCUUUGCAAAGUUAAUCUUCGUUUCUUAGCAGAAAUGGAUGCUAUGAAAUGCUGUAAAGAUAGACUAAAUCAUGAAGGAGACUGAAGAGCUAACAUAUGCAGUCCUAGCUCAGCAUUUCUCUUCUGCAAUCAUCCACUGCAAACAAUAUUGUGCAGAAGCAUUUGCAGCAGGGGUGUCAAACUCAAGGUCUGCAGGCUGGAUUCAGCCCACAGGGUGGUUAAAUCUGGCCUGGAAAUAUCAAAGGAUCAGCUUGCAAUACCUCUGCCAGGCAAAAACGGGCCUCAUGGAGGGCCAUGUGCGAGCCCCUCACACCCCAUUUUGGCCAGCAGGGUGCUGCAGGAGGCGUCCUUCCCAUCUCCCCACCAGCCAACCCAUGGAGAGCUACAAUGCUGAGUUGUUCCUUGAAGAAAUCUAGUUUUACACCCCUGAUCUGCAGGAUUCCUUGUAAGAGCUUUAAGAGAAAAAAGACCUCAUCCAGGUCAUCAAUCAAAAUUUUGUAGCUACUUCGCCCAUCUACAGAUAUAUCCUCACUUACCGCCUCAUUUGGCAACUGUUUGAAGUUAGAAUUGGGUAAAAAAAAAAGCUUUGCAACCAAUCCUCACAUUGAAGACCUUUGUAUCAUCCCACUGUAAUGUAAUUCGGGUUCUUCACAACCGGUGCAUAUUUACAAAUGCCACAUCAAGUGGUCACAUGAUUACCAUUUGCUUGCUUCCCAAUUGGCUUGCAACGAGCAGGGUUAAUGGAUAAUGUGGAAGCAAAAUCACAAGUCACAUCCACAUGAUACUUUGCUUAAUGACCAUAGUGGAAGUGAUGUCAUAAGUCCAUCAUGGUCCCGUGAUUUUCCACUUAGGGGCUGUGGCAAUUAGCAACAGAAAUACCAGUUCUAAUUGUGGUUGCUAAAGUUUACAUAUACUUGAAUAAUUCAAGCAAUGAUAUGAAAAGAAGGAAAUAGAAUUUUUUUAGAUUAAACUUUUUUAAAGGAUUUAGUUUAAAAAUAUUUUAAUUUCUUUUGAGACCAUAAGAAUUUACUUUUUUCUUUCUAAAACCAAGACAGAAAGUGCAUUUCAGUAUGUUGCUUGCAGCUAUGUUGUCUAUCAGAUGAGGAGAGUAGUUUUCUAUUAUAAAGUAUAUGAAAACAAUUGUGAAAAACCCAGGCAUUUGGAUAGUAUUACGUAAAACUAGAAAGAAAAAACCCAGCAGAGAACAUAAUUAUAGACAACUACAACAUUUUUGAUUUGUGCAUUGAGACAAAUAUUCCACAUUUGGUCUUCAUACUUGGGCAUUAUAUUAAAUGCUGAAAGUAAUAGAGGAUAAACCUGAAACGUGUAGAGAAUGGUGCUAUUCUAAACUGGAUGGGUGGUAGCCACAUUAUUUGUUGGAAGUUUUCCAAAAAGUUCCAUGAAAAUUAGUAUUCAGAAGCUUCCUUUAGUAGGGCUAUAUAAUAUCAAAGAGAUAACAGACAAUGAAGAUCCUAUUUCUAAACGUAUACAAAAUGAAUUCUUAAACUUUAAUGCACUUCAGCAAAAGUGAAUCCAAAGUAAAUGUUGAUAAUUUCUAAAACUUAACCCCAUACAGUAAUAGUGUUUUUAUGCUGUAUUGUAUGUAAAAAAACCAUCACAAUAUUUGUGUUUUUACUUAGAUGUUUUUCAUAGCAAAAUUCCAAGUAUCAAGAGGCACUUACACAAAUAUUCAUUGUCAAAUUCACUUGAAUUCUUGUUGCACUGAAAUAAAUUAUGUGUUAAUACAAAUGAUGUGUCCUAAAGAUCUAUACAAUCAUCAUGGGAGUUGAUACAGACCUAGUUAGGGAAAUAUUGACCUUGCUGAGGUAUUUCAGAUGAAGCCUUUAAUUAUUUUAUGUGAAAUUUCUAAGAGGUGUGUAUAAGUGUGUCUAUCACAUACUUAGAACUAUAUAGAAACGGGAUAGAGAUGGUGCUGCAAAUGUGCUGGAUCUUAGUUCAGGAACCUCAUAAUAUACUAAUCUAAUUGAUGAUUUUUUUAAAAAGUCUGGGUGAUAAGAAACUCUCUUCCUCACACUCUGGCAUCCUAGCAGUAUCUCAAGAAUAUAUGACAACUAGAUGGAGGUUGUUAAAGCAAACUACACCUCUGGUAUUGAAACUGCUAAAAGUCAAGAUCACAGCCUAAUGUUUUCUGCUUCUG